GCGGCAUAUGUAUGGUAUGAUAUGGGAGAGAAAAGUGUCAUAAUUAAUUCCCAAAACCCCUUUAUUUAUCCAAAGUGCUUUUCAUCUGAGCAUAUAAAGUCUGAAGAACACAUCUUCAGUUUUUCAAAAAAAUUGUGUUUUGUGAAACAAGAAAUGGACAUAAAAAACCCAACGUCCGCUGCCGCCGCCACAGAUAGCCCAGAUACCGACGGUGAAACCCCACUUCAUUCCCAACUGAUCAAGCCAUUUUCGUCCUUUCCUAAUGGAAAGAAGCACCACCACCAACCACCGCCUACGGUGGUGGCUUACAAAGAAUGUCUUAAGAACCAUGCUGCCACCAUUGGCAGCCACGCCUUAGACGGCUGCGGUGAGUUUAUGCCGGCGCCAACUCUCAACCCACAAGAACCCACCUCUCUAAAAUGCGCUGCAUGUGGCUGCCACCGCAAUUUCCACCGCCGUGAGCGCAUCAAUGAGGUGUACGCCACCGCUGACAACAAAACUCACUUCAUUGAGUUCCACCACCCUUCUUCUCCACCUCAACCAACAAAUUACGCUUUCGCACCCCACGUGCUGCUGUCACUCGGCACAGCUGACCAAACCCACGCGGUGGUAACGCCGGGGACACCGGCAGCUAUCAGGAUUGAAAACCCAAAUGGGAGAAAGAGAUUCCGGACGAAAUUCAGCCAAGAUCAGAAAGAAAAGAUGUCUCUUUUUGCAGAGAAAGUGGGGUGGAAGAUGCAGCGAUGUGAUGAUAAAAUGGUAGCGGAUUUCUGCAAUGAGAUUGGAAUCAGAAGAGGAAUUUUCAAAGUCUGGAUGCAUAAUAACAAAAACACAAUUGGAAGAAAAGACAAAGAGCCAACCUCUCCGACGACCACCGCCCCUCCCAUCACCACCCUUCCAUCCACCGCCGGUGUCAUUAAUGUCUAUAAUAAUGGUAGGUUAGUAGUUACUAGUGAGUCUCACGAUCAUGAGGAGGAUAUUAAUGUUGAUGGACGUGAUAACAGUAACAGUAGUGAUCAAGAAAAUGAUGAUGGCGGUGGUGGUGCCGGCAGUUCCGGCGGAGCUGUUCAUCUCCAAGCUUCUACGAAUGGGUCUUCUUCUUCAUGUUGAUUCCGUUAAGCUGUUUGUAUUACGAAAAAAAAGUUUAUUCAGAGGGAGAAUUCAUUAUUAUCUUCUUCCUUUUUUGUCUUAACAACCCUAAUUAUGUAUUUUAGAGUAAUUUCAAUAAAAAUUAUAAACUUAAUCUGAAUUA